CCUCCUUCCUAAUAAGGUUAGGUCGGGGUGUCCACGUAGAGAGCAAGCGAGGCGUCUGAUUUACUGAGAUAAAGCUUCCCAACCUUCCAUAUUCAACCUACUUCAUCAACGACACAACCUCGAAUUAUAUACACAAUGGGUGUCAUCCGUACCCUCCUCAAUACAGCAGUCCUAGGCGGAGCCGGCAGUGUCGGCGCAUUCGCAUUCUGGACUCGCAACUCAAAGUUCAUCCCCAUUACGCCAAACGAUCCUAUCUUCUCCUCCACAGCAUACCAAACCAAUAACCCGAAUCGCAAUCCUGCGACGCAGGAUCUAUGUGCAUUGAGCAAGAUCAAACCGCAGCUUUUGGAGAAGGAGGGGAAAUUGGUGGAGGCGUUCUGCGCAGGUGUUUGGGGUGGUUAUGGAUACGCCUACCAACGCCGCUUCCUCGAGAAGAAGUACCGUAAUUCCACAACCACCGCCCACCAACUCUGGGACACCUCCUCCCUCCUAACCUCAACCUACGAGCCCGGCACCGAGAUAACGGACCACUUUGUCGUGGUUUCUAAAACACCAUCCGCGAUCGUAGUCCGCUGUGGAGACUCUCCUUUAAAAACAGGAGUCAGAAGCUCGGACGGCCUGUUCGAGAUGGGCGUUGAGAUUAAGAAGGAUGAGGGUGUCGCGGAGUUUAGGCUGAAGAGUGUGUUUUAUAAGGGGUUGGGGAAGGCGGAUAAGGGGCCGAUGGCUAGCCAUGUUGAGUUUGCGCAUAGGUUGUAUACGAAGCUUUGGAUGGAGACGGCGGUGGGGAAUGUGGUGUUGUAGAGGCGGAUUAGAUUAGUGCGGGGUUGAAAAUGAUGAUUGUACAAAGAAAGAGAUGGAUUUGGGCAAGGAUGCUGGCUGCAUCUAUCAUAUUAUUAUACCCUAGUAUAUAUUGAGGAGUAAAUACCCAGACAUCGUUUACAGCUCAGG